UACCCUGGAGAUAGUGUUGUAACAGGUCAUGGAUUGAUUCAUGGAAGAACUGCCUUUAUCUUUAGCCAGGAUUUUACAGUCUUUGGAGGUAGUCUGUCAAGUAUCCAUGCCAAGAAAGUCUGCAAAGUUAUGGAUCAGGCCAUGCUUGUUGGUGCUCCAGUCAUAGGUCUGAAUGAUUCUGGUGGAGCAAGAAUCCAGGAAGGUGUAGAAUCUUUGGCAGGAUAUGCUGAUAUUUUCCAGAGAAAUGUCAUGGCUUCAGGAGUCAUUCCUCAAAUUUCAUUAAUCAUGGGACCUUGUGCUGGUGGUGCAGUUUACUCACCAGUUCUAACAGACUUCUUAUUUAUGGUGAAGGACACUUCAUACUUGUUUAUCACAGGCCCUGAAGUUGUAAAAGUAAGUGUUAUAUUUAAUCAUUUUAUAAAGUGA